ACUUCAGCCUGCUCUCCAGCUUGUUCAUCCAGCCACGCUGACGAAAAAAAAAACCACAGCCACGGAAGGACUUGGAAGCAGAGACCUACUACUGGAGAGAGUGCCUGUGUAGACUGCCUUCUACCUUAUUUCUCUCUCGCCGUAGAAAUAAUGUCGAUGAGCCCCAAGCAUACGACUCCUUUUUCCGUUUCCGAUAUCUUGAGUCCUCUCGAGGAGAGCUACAAGAAAGUAAGUAUGGAGAGUAAUAAUUUGGGCGCUUCUCUGAGCUCGUACCGACAGCCGCAGGUCUCGCAGGCGACUAUGCAGCAACACCACAUGGGCCACAAUGGACCUGUACCCGCGGCUUACCACAUGACCGCGGCCGGGGUGUCCCAACUGUCGCACACGGCCAUGGGGGGCUACUGUAACGGCAACCUCGGGAAUAUGAGCGACCUUCCGCCCUACCAGGACGGCAUGCGAGGCGGCACAACAGCCACCAGCUGGUAUGGAGCCAACCCAGACCCACGCUUCUCCACCAUCUCGCGAUUCAUGGGCUCCUCUUCGGGCAUGAACAUGGGCAGCAUGGGCAGCCUCAGCUGCGACGUGGUGGGCAAGAGCAUGGGUUCGCUAACCAGCACCCCGAGACGGAAGCGGCGAGUGCUCUUCUCCCAAGCCCAGGUGUACGAACUGGAGCGCCGCUUCAAGCAGCAGAAGUACCUCUCGGCACCAGAACGCGAACACCUGGCCAGCAUGAUCCACCUGACGCCAACCCAGGUGAAGAUCUGGUUCCAGAACCACCGGUACAAGAUGAAGCGGCAGGCCAAGGACAAGGUCUCCCAGCAGCAGCUGCAGCAGGACGGCUCCUGCCAGCAGCAACAACAGUCUCCACGGCGGGUGGCGGUGCCAGUGUUGGUGAAGGACGGCAAACCUUGUCAGGGCAGCGGGCAUACACCCGCCACCACCACUGUGCCUACGCACCACCAACAAGGUGGCAACAUCAUGAUCAUGUCCAACAAUGCCUCGGGCAUGGGACAGCUUCAGAACCAGCAAGUGGGCAGCGCCGGUCAUUCACCUGACCUGACGCAUCACUCCACCAGCCCGCCUUCCCUGCAGACACAAGUGGCCGGCCUGUCACAUCUCAACUCUUCUGGCUCCGAGUACGGGGCGGCCUUGCCCUGUUCGGCCCUGCUCUUCGGCAGGACAUGGUGACAUGGUCAGCCGAGGUAAAAGAGACAGUGGGUACCACUGCGAACUCGUCUUGAAAAACGAUGUGAACGAAGUGUCAAACUUGUAUGCGCACUUGAGACACACAUAUCACGUUGGUACUGCUCGCAUAGCCUACUCAAGAUGUCAGCCUCUCUGAAAGACAAACAGGCUGGAGAUGGGAAGAUGCAUUGUGGAGGGGAAAAACUUUGUUUUGUGUAUUUUAUGGAUGCACGCAACCUAACUCUUCCCGGAAGAUGGAAUUAUUUAUGUAGAUCUAGAGAUUCAUACACUAAAAUACUUUCUUUGUGCGCCGGUUUGGAUGGGAAAAAAGACUCAAGAAGACAAAAAGCAGGACCGGCUCCGCUUUGUCAUAACCUUUAAUGUAAGACGUAGCUUGUAUAUUUCUGUAAAAGUUUUGAAUUGGACUUAAUAGUUUUUAGCAAUCUAUAUGGUUCAAAUUUUUAUCGAUAUUGACGGUUCUUUGUUUUUUGAGUUUUGUCG